AUGGCUUUCUUAGUGGUGGUGUUCGCUACCCUCCUCGCCGUCAUCUGCUCCAUUGUAUACAUAAUACGCAUCGGAUAUCGGAGACGAUCGCAUGUGAACGAGUUACGCAAACGGGGCAUCGCUAUAGCGCCCGGCUGGAGCUGGUGGACUGGACAUCUACUUGUCCUAAAACGUCACCUGGAUAGCAUGCCACCGGAUGCCAGCGUCUUUCUGGUUCUGCAAAAGCUUGCGGAAGAGCACAGCGACACCGAAACCUUUAUUAUUGAUUUCUGGCCUGCAGCCACGGCAUCGUUGAUCGUGUGCGGCUCCGAAUCGUCGCUUGAGGUCUCCAACAAGUACAAUCUUCCAAAGCCGCAGAGCCAGGUUGAAUUAUUCCGACCCAUGAUUGGUGGCCAGAGCGUACUCACUAUGAAUGACGAGGACUGGAAAAGAUGGAGAGCACUGUUCAAUCCUGGGUUCAGUGCAGCGCACAUGGCGAGGCUGAUCCCGACCGUUGUCGAAUCCGUCGAAGUCUUCUGUGAGAUAUUACGAGAGAAGGCUGGUGGGAGCAUUGUCCAGCUGGAUAGCUUGACAACGCGCUUGACGAUGGAGGUCAUUGCGAAGGUCACUUUAGAUAUGAACCUCGAUAACCAGCGCUCCGAGCAUCGCCUUUCGUAUGCUUUCAACACUAUUCUCAAGUGGAGCGCUUUCUGGAACACCUCGAUCCUUCUCAAGCCAGUGAAAGCCGUGGUGCAGAAAUAUUACGGCCAUGUUCUCGAAUCGAUCAUCUUAUCUGAGUUGGAUAAACGUUUCCAAGAAAUGAAAAUGAAGGACGCGACAGUUGAAAAGCCCGGCGCUAAUCGUCCAAUAUCCAUCACUGCCAUGGCACUUGGCGACUACAUCACGCAGGAACGACAGAAAAGAAUGGAUACUUCCACGGUCACGAAGUUGGAUCCCAGUUUUGCAAAGAUUGCGUCGAAUCAAAUCCGCAUGUUCAUCAUGGCAGGCAACGAUUCUACAUCGGCUACGCUAGUGUACGCGUACCAUCUAUUGUCACAAUACCCCGAUACACUGUUGAAGCUGCGUCAAGAGCACAACGAGGUAUUCGGACUCCGCGACGACGCUGCGGCAAUGCUUAAGCAGAACCCAACAUUGCUGAACCAAUGCCGAUACACGCUCGCCGUCAUAAAAGAAACGCUCCGAAUAUUCCCGCCGGCUUCGACGCAACGGUCAGGCCACUUUGGCGCAUUUAUAACAGAUCGUCAGGGGAAUCUCUGCCCUACCGAAAACCUCAUGGUGACUAUCGUGCACCGCGCCGUACAUAUGAAUCCACGGGCGUGGGUGAAGCCCGACAAGUUCAUCCCCGAGCGCUGGCUAGUGGAUCCCGAAGACGAGCUCUACGUCAAGGCCAAUUCAGGCGCCUUUCGGCCCUUCGAACAAGGGCCAAGGAACUGCAUUGGACAGACUCUGGUCUAUAAUGAGCUACGGAUCAUACUCGUAUUGACAGCGCGAUCUUUCAACAUCGUCCCCACGUAUGAUGAGUGGGAUGCUAUGCAGUUGGAGCAGGAAUCGAAGCUAGGGAAUAUGAUGCAGUGGGGGCGAUCGAAGGCAGCGGUUCCUAAGACUGUGAUGGGCGAGCGGGCUUACCCAACCUCCCGGGCGGGCGGGUAUCCGGCUGAUGGGUAUCCGUGUCGUAUUACACUUGAAAAGUCAGAUGAAUGAUUUGAGAUGUUCUGGCGACAGUAGAGAGCAGAUUGUUAAGCAUACAAAUGUAUUCUAGUUAGUUAUUUCAAUCA